AUGUUUGAUCUUUCACAUUCUCUUAGAAAGAAUACAAAUGAAUUGCUUUGGUUAGCCUGUGUUUCUUUGACUGAUCAGUUUGUCCAUGAGAGACUCACAAAUGAGAGAUAUCAAGCUGGUGUGAUGGAGCUAGAACAGCACAUCAACAGCUCCGGGAUUUUGGAUGCAAUAACUUCAGUAACCCUUAAAGACGGGACAAAGAUACGGGCGCCUGAUGCCUCUAGAAUUGCAUACGAAGAUGAACCACGGCUCAUGCUAUUGAGGGAAUGGAAUUUAUUUGAUUCAAUGUUGUGUUCUUCCUACAUCGCGACCAAGCUGAAGACCUGGAGUGACAAUGGUUUGAAGAAGCUUAAGCUUCUCCUAGCCCGAAUGGGAUUUGCACUUGUUGACUGCCAGCAGAAGUUCCAGUACAUGAACUUUGAAGUGAAACAGAAAAUGAAAGAUGAGUUUGAAAGGUUUCUCCCUGAGUAUGGGCUUACAGAGUUCUACUACCGAAGCUUUUUACGACUUUAUGGGUAUAGCUCGAAGGUAUCUGCUGCUGAUGUGGUACAUGGGGUUACCGCACUGCUCGAGUCUUUUGUAGAGUCUGAUGGUUCCUGUGCAUCUGAACAGUUUGGGGUAGCCUAUGAUGCAUUGUCCUUGAAUAAUCUUGACAAACUGAGGAAGGGGAUGCAAAAUGCAAUAAAGAUACAAAGGGUCAUUGUAAGGCAAGGAAGUAUAGCUAUAACUAAGAGUGGAUCUAUCAGAAGCGGAAGGAAAUUCAGGUGGAUGAAGCUUGAAGAUCCUGCAGACACAAAAUUGCUUGGGUAUCCUCAAGCAUUGACCAAAUUCUGCUACUUUCUGAUGGAUGCUUUGCGGGAGAAGGGUGUGAAGAUGAAGGCUUUGAUCUGUGCUUGCUUAUCUCAAGAACCCAACAAAGUUUUAAUUGGUGGGGUAUGUGGGAAGCCACGUCUCGGUGCAGUCCAAGGGAAUGCAUUUGGGGUUGCUUUUAGAGCUGCAGCUGAGCAGGUUGGGGCCAAGUUCUUCCAUGAGUUGUUUGAAUCUUCUUGGAUAGUUUUGGAUGCAGUUUCUGUUAAUUCUUUCAUGAUCAGAUUGACUGAGAGGCUCUGAUGUAAGGCUUAUCUAAAGUGUAACUGAUUGCCAAGAUUUGUUUGACCUCCAGUUUCCAGA